CCCCGCACGUGUGGUCCGGCCGGUGCGCCGUUCGUGCCCGGGUCACGGUACUGCCGUGGCCCUGCUGAGACGGCCCUUCAGCCGGUAUAUAGCUGGCCCAUCACCACACCACCGUACUAGUGAGCCACCAGCACCGUCACAGAACUGCAAGGUCGCCUCCCACCUCCGACAUGGGUCGUACUGAGGUUCCGUUUGGCCGUCUGGCUGCCAUGCUGGCACUGCUGCCUCUGCUGUCUGCAACUGUAGAAGGCUCCUUGCUGGGCAAAUCGUUAUACAAGAGGACUAAAGAAGCUAUCGACUCACAGGACUACAGCGCGUUUGGCAAAACGCUCCACUCGUCUCGGCGUGUUCCGAUAGCGACGUACAACUACGAAGACGACACAAUAUCCACCGCCAGAGACGCGUCGUCUGCCCCGGUCACGUCACUGCUCGACAGACUGCUGAAAGGCGUCAGCGGCCGGUCCUCAGUGAAGGUGGAGGAGUCUGCGAGGUCUACCGAGACCUCCCCGUUCCUCAGCUGGCUCUCAGGGAACGGUCUGGGUUCGCUGACGGGCAACGAGGCUACGUAUCCUGUACAGGAGUCAGCGCAGACAAUCGAUAACGUGUCAUCCACAGGCUCGCUCCUGUCGCUCAUUCGCAAGGUACUGGAUGUCAUGAGGAAACCAGAAACGACUUCAGCAUCGGGUUCCGGAGACGUGUAUUCAGUGUCGAUCGGCGACACGACAGAGUCUCGUAUCGGAGAGAUCAUCAAGCAGCUGCUGGGGAGGCAGUCCUCGGAGGCGGAGAUCGUGGUUGCGACGACAGGUGGAACUCAGUCUGGCAGUUCCUCGGACCGGACGGUAUCCGAGCUGAUUUCGGCCAUCCGCCGGCUCCUGAGAGAUCCACAGAGCUCAGAGACGGACGAGGACGGCACAGCGGUGGACGACGACUCGAGGCGCCCUCUUGACAUUGCCGCCCUUAUCCGUGCGCUGGCCAGGAGCGGAGAGCGUCCCUUAGCGCCCCUGCAGUCCUCUGACAGCACAGUGACCGACAUCCCUGCGCCGAUGUCGACCCGCGCCGCCCUCCGAGCUCUCAUCAGGUGGAUCUCCAAGCUGAACAGGUUGCAGCCGUCGAAACACUCGCCAGGACGCUUCUCCUCGAUCAUCAUGAACCUCCUGUCCAGGAUGGCAUCUCGAUCCUCAUCAAGAUCAUCCUCUCCUUCCAGUGAUGUCAUAAACACGCUGCUGUCCAGCCUGAACAGGCCUGGUGUUUCGGUCAGUACCUCUUCCUCUCUACCCACUUCACUUGCUUCCCUUCUGACGGACCUUUACACUCCCAGAUCCUCAUCAACAACCUCAUACUCAUCUUCAUCUCCUCUCAGCACCUGGCUAAAAGACUUUGAAAAUUCCCGAUCCUCUGCAAAAUCGCUCUCUUCUGAUUCGCUCUCGGACUUGUUGGAUGUCCUGGACGUGUCCGCAGGCUCACAGAGUGCGCCGGUCACCAGCUCGUCGUCUCCUGUGAUCGAAUGGCUGGAGACCAUCUCGACCUCUACUGGGGGAGGCUCGCCGCGGGAGACGACCGUCUCCGGCAGCGUCUCGCUCGACGAGCUGCUCUCGGAACUGCAGGACUCCAUGGGCUUCGACUGAUAGGAUUACAAAAUGGCGUCACUCAGGCACGAGACCUGUACUGCAAGGCCUGC